AGCUGUGCUCCAGCGCGUGGACUUCUCCUGACAGGUCAAAGUGCAAAACACAACUGUCCGUGGAGUCGGACGGCCUAUCACACUGUGUCAACAUGUAAACAGAAACUUUUCAAGCUGCGCCGCUAACUUCCGGCCUUGGAUCUUGAUACUGUCAGGGACUGCGCCGAGUUGUCUUUAGAUAUGCCUCAGACAGCAGCUCUGCUCAGCCGCGAAGGAUCGAUGGAUUUCAACAAACUUUGCACUUUUGAAAGUUUUCUGCAGCUCUGGAGCCACUACGGUUACGGGGGCAAUUUCCGCGACGUGAUCGAGCAGGAGUUCAAGCGGAUUAAAGGAAUAACAUAUCUGGAUCAUGCUGCGACUACUCUGUACCCGGAGUCUCUGGUCAGGGACUACUGCCUGGACAUUUCAAGGAAUGUCUAUGGAAACCCUCACAGUCAUAACCCCAGCAGCAGAUUGACACAUGACACCAUGGAGACUGUGAGAUACAGGGUAUUGCAGCAUUUUAACACCACCCCCGAGGAGUACUCUGUUAUUUUCACUUCUGGUUGUACCGCCGCGCUCAAAUUAGUGGCUGAGAGCUUUCCCUGGAGGCCGGAGACCGAGAGCGAAGCAGGGAGCCUCUUCUGCUACCUCACUGACAGCCAUACCUCUGUAGUUGGCAUGAGAGGAGUGACUUCUGGCCGGGGGGUUGCUGCCCUGCCCGUCUCCCCGCAUGAAUUGGAAAACAGGGCAACGGAUGAGGCUCAAGGUGAAGAUGUUAUUUGCCAGACGCCGCACCUCUUCUGCUACCCGGCGCAGAGCAACUUCUCGGGGAGGAAGUACCCCCUCAGCCAUGUGGAAGGCAUCCAGGCGAGGCGCCUUUACCCAGCGUGUGACCAUCGGGGCCGUUGGUUCGUGCUGCUCGACGCAGCCUCUCAUGUCAGCUGUUCCUCUCUAAACCUACAGGACUGCCCCGCAGACUUCAUCUCCAUCUCUUUCUACAAGAUGUUUGGCUUCCCCACAGGUCUGGGGGCCCUUCUCGUCCGCAACGCUGCAGCGGGCAUACUAAAAAAGACUUAUUUUGGAGGAGGCACAGCAGCAGCUUACCUUUCUGGAGAGGAUUAUUACGUGCAAGCGGCAAACAUUUCUGACAGGUUUGAAGAUGGCACUGUCUCCUUCUUGGACAUCAUUGCUGUGAAUCACGGCUUUGACGCUCUUUACAGGAUCACAGGGAGCAUGCACAACAUCCAGCAGCACACGUUUGGCCUGGCACGCUACACUUACGUGCUGCUGUCAAGCCUUCGCCAUGGCAACGGGAGACCAGUGGCUCAGAUAUACACUAAAGGCCAGUUUGAGAGUCCAAUCACACAAGGAGCAAUCCUGAACUUCAAUCUCAUGGAUUCUAAAGGGCAGAUAAUUGGAUAUUCACAGGUAGACAGAAUGGCCUGCCUGUACAACAUCCACGUCCGCACGGGUUGUUUCUGCAACACCGGGGCCUGUCAGUCCUUCCUCGGGAUCACCAGCGAGCAGAUGAAGAGAAACUUGCAGGCCGGCCACGUCUGCGGAGACAACAUCGACCUCGUGGACGGCCAGCCGACCGGAUCCGUCCGAGUGUCCUUUGGCUAUAUGUCAACAUUUGAAGACUGUCAAAAGUUCCUGACCUUUGUUGCCGAGUGCUUUGUAGAGAAGCCGGUCACAGUGGACCAGGCGAGGCUACAGGAGCUGGGAUCAGCCGCAGCAGCGUCGCAGGGCUCCUGUGAAUAUCUUUCAAUCAAAAUCGCUAACAGAGAAAUGAAUGAAGAAGAUGAGGAGAAGCCCACGGAAGCAUCACUGAAGGGAUUUGGACGCGCCGGCUCAAACAGCCAUGGGGAGGCUUAUACUCUGACCAACAUCUACAUUUAUCCCAUCAAAUCAUGUGGAGCAUAUGAGGUCCAUGACUGGCCUGUGGGACCUCUGGGUUUACGGUAUGACAGAGGCUGGAUGGUGGUGAAUGGAAACGGCGUGUGUCUGAGCCAGAAGAGAGAGCCGCGUUUGUGCCUCAUUCGCCCACAGGUCCACCUCCCCGCGAACAAACUGCUCCUGCAGGCGUCAGGGAUGGAUACCAUUUCGGUUCCUCUGGAAAAUGACACUCGGUUGCGCACAAGCCAUCGAGUGUGUCACAGUAAAGUUUGCGGUGACAGGGUGGAGACUGUCGACUGUGGAGACGAGGCUGCGUCGUGGCUCUCAGACUUCCUUGGACAGCCAUGUCGCCUGAUAAGACAAAGACCUGAUUUCACCCGAGAAAUGAAGAAGAGGCCAGACGGAGCUUCCACAGCCACGUCCCUCUCCCUGGUGAAUGAAGCUCAGUAUCUCAUGAUCAACCGUGCCAGCGUGGAGCACAUUCAGGAACUAAUGAGCGGCAGGCAGGACGAUUCGGAGGGUGAUCAACUCCUUGACACACAGAAUGUCAUUAGUCGCUUCCGAGCCAAUUUAGUCAUCGCUGGAGUAGAACCAUUUGAGGAGGAUAAUUGGUCACACUUGAUUAUUGGCAGCGCUCGAUUCGUGGUUGCAGGUCGGUGUGGAAGAUGCCAGAUGGUUGGAGUAGACCAGGACACUGGGACCAAAACAAAAGAGCCGCUCAUGUCUCUGUCUGCCUACCGCAGCGGGAAGGUGACUUUUGGUGUGUACCUGACCCACCAGCUACCGGAGGGCUCCACCGCCGCCAGUGUCCUCUCUGUCGGUUCCCUCGUACAACCUGAGCCACACAGCUCUUGAAGUGGUCAUCUGCAACGUCAUCUUUAUUUAUUUAGGCCAAUCCUGCACAUCCUAAAGAUCGCCUUCCACCACAGUCAAAUUUUUAACUUGUUACUUUGAACUUUGGGCUUUUUCUCCCCAUCUCAUAAUAAUGCAGACGUUGAAACAUUAAGUGCACAACACAGCUACGGUUUAAAUGAGCUACUGAUUGAUUCAGGACAUGUCAGGCUUGAUGCAAUAACCCCACCUCACGUUAUCUUCCCAGACAGUUCACCCUCCGUCUGUUCCCAUGGAGUUUUUUUUUAUUUUUUUUUUUAUAUUGCUAUUUAUUCCGAACACACCACGGCCGUUACUGCUGCCAGAAAUCUAAAUCAUAUAUCAGCCUGUAAUGGGAAAACAAACCAGAGACUCAGCACAUGGGUCCCAGAGUGGCACUGGCCAUAAUGAGUAAUAAGUUCAUGUGAAGAAAGAAACGGUAAGGAUAGAUGAAUUUUGGCCACCAGAAAUUAAAUACUCACAUGCCUAAACAGACAGUAGGUGUAACUAUUCAUCUGGUCUGUCACAGUUUGCCCAGGUAAUUAUAAAGAGUGGUACGCAGUGGCUGCUUGAUUUCUUAAACUUUUUUUAAUGCAAAAGAUAUUCAUAUACAAAUGAUAUAAAUGAAUGCUGUAGUUGGACGAGGCUGAUAAUGGUACUGGGUGAUUGAAACAAAAGCCAUAGACUGACACAGUGAGUCUGCAGAAAAGCUUCAGUGCCCAAUGGCACACAUUCCUCAAGUUGCUUGAACUCUACAGGAGGCUAUGAACACCAUUCUCUCAAAAAAUAUUACCCCAUGUGCUGUUUUUAUAGGCUUCGGGAUAUGAUUCACGUCACUUCUGUGUUCAUCAAACCUUUCGGCGACUCAAUCAAUCUGUUUUAUUUUCCACCGUUAAUAUGUCAUCCAUCCCAAACUCAUACUGGUGGUCACAAUCUGUUGCUGUGAAGUUACCAAUUGUUUUCAAUCUGCAAUUGUAUGUAUUGUAUGCUAUUUAUGAUUAAUUUAUUUUAUUGUGAAUUAUGCUGAUAAUUUGUAUUGAUUUCAUGAACCAACUGAAUGCAUGGCACUGAUUUGUAAAAUAAAUAAAUGUUAUAUUAAUAAAUUUCAAUGACUGACAAUCUCA